AUGACCGAUGCUUUGUGUUCCUGCUGUCAAAUCUUUGGCCAACCUAAAGCACGAGUAAAUUUCAUUAUUCUUGCUUGUGGACCAGACAGUGUUGCAUAUCAGCGAACAACAUAUUUACUUCAAAAAUAUCCCGAAACAAAUACACCAAUACCGGAUAGCAGUUUGACCAAUUAUGAUACACUAAUGAGCAUUAACAGUCGGAUACAUAAUCUUCGAAAUUCAGUCUCAGAGAUCGAUUCGUCGACAACAGAUUCAUCAGAUAAAUGUUGCUAUGGAUUUUUACGUUUUCCGUAUUGUAUUGAUAAUUCAUCGGAUACUAGCGAAGGUGAAAUGUUUCAAAAACAUCUUCUUGAUCUUCUCAAUGAAAAAGUGGAUAAAAAUCUACAAGAACCACCAGCGAAAGUAGAACUUCCUAGUUGGGUUCUACUCUAUGGAUCGAUAUAUUUGGAACCAGUCGUACUUGACAUAUUCAUCAACCUGAAAGAUCAAAACGUACCACUUGUUACCAACACUUUUGCUGUUCUCGGUUUAAUAGUCAACGAAAAACAACUCUUUGAAAGUUGGCUAUGUCGGAACGUAGCUUUUGAAGAUUAUGAAAACAAUACUUAUCCUAAAUAUGAACAACGCAUUGAAGCAUUCUUUUCUUUUUUGAACUCAUCCAAAGGUCUUCAAGAACACACAAUACUUAUCGAAGAGAGCCAAGAUUUCAAUAAUAAUGAAUUACAAGAAAUCUUGAAACAUUUAUUUCGACAGCGUAGCUCUAAAUAUUCAUCUAUCAACAGUGAUCUUCGAUCUUCAAUGAAAAAAUUAUUGAAAUAUCGCCAUCGAAAAGUAAUAGAUGUCAAAUUCGUCAGAGGGAACUUAUUGAAAUCUUAUGGAGAAAAUUCAAAAAUCCCACUAGAAUCUCUCGUUACUCGUUUGAAACAUUAUGAUACAGCUGGUCAAGCAGCUCGUGAAGUAAUUCAUUUGGUAGUUAAUGAAUUUACUUGCGUGAAUAAAGAGCGAAAACGUGCAUACAAACGGCAACUACUUUGCGGAUUUAAUGAAUCAGAUCCUCAAAAUUCGAAUACAGUCGCAGCGCAAAUGAUUUUUUAUGCUCUUCGAUUGCUUCAGAAUUAUGAUGAUGCAACAGUUCCAUUUCUUUAUGCAAUCAUCUGGGUCAUCUGUAAAAUGGUCACACAUUUCGUCUUUCGUCAUGAAUUAUUCAACAAUACAUCAGAAAUUUUUACGUUGAGUCUCUUGCUUGUUAGUCAACAGCAUUAUGCUCUUGUCAUCGGUGGUCUUCACCUUUGUUCGAGGAUACUCAAUGCUGAUCAAAAUGAACAUAAAUAUGCUGGUGCUUAUUUAAAACAUGAUCCAUUGACAGCACGAAAAAUCUUAGAUGCGAUCAAAUGGCUUUUGUCACCUUUUCAACAACUGAGAAAAUUGUGGGAUGAAAAAACAGAUGCGAAGUAA